AUGCGUCCCGACGCCAUCUCCGUUCUCGCGGCCUUCCUCACUGUAGGCGGCCUCCAGCUCGUCGCAGCUCAAGAUGCCCCCGAAGCGCACGUCCAGCGGCCGCGCUGGUACUUCCCGCAGGAAGUCAAGCGAACGAUUCGCAGAAGUGCGGAGGCUAACCCUGAAUUGAGCCUCGACGACCUAUUCGACAACUCGAGACCUACCCAGGUCUCUUCCUCCACCACUACUACCACCCCCGGAAACUCUGCCACGGCUCAGCCCCAGAAGGGACAGGAGGUCGUUGUUGUAACCAUCUCGAUCGACCCCAAGAACCCCGAGAUCACACACCGUAUUACCGGUACUACGGUCAUUGGCGGUGAACCGACCGCCACCACCACGACGAUUACGCAGCACACCGAGGGUUCGAGCACGGAGAUCACAAGUAAGAAGAGCUCUGAGGCCGCAUCUACCGAUGCGGAAACCACACGGAAACAGGGAUCGGCGGUCGACUCCUCCGUCCAGACUUCGACUAAAACCUCUAGUAACGGUCUCGUUGGUGGCCUGGCCUCAGACCUGGGUCUUGUCGGCGAAUCAACAACCAACAGCCCCGUCUCUGCGACAUCGACUGGCUCCUCUAGCGCCAACAAGAUCAGUAGCUCAAGCACGGCAAGCUCAAGCACGGCAAGCUCAAGCACGACCAGCUCAAGCACGGCGAGCUCAAGCACGGCGAGCUCGGGGUUAGAUCUCACUGAGCUUUUGGGUCUAGGUGAUAAGUCUUCCACCGGCAACAGCACUAGUGCUACCUUGUCCUCUGGGGCUUUUAGUUCACCGACCAUUCCCGUCAGCGUGCCUGCUUCCGCUACCAGCUCACCGUCGACCACCCCCACGGGAACUGCAACUUCGACUUCCGGCGACCUCAUCGGCAGUCUCGUUUCAAGCGUGGAUUCCCUGGUUGGUGUCACAUCUACUAGCACUGGCAGCACUGCUUUGAUUUCGAGCACGUCCAUGUCCAGUGGUGGUAGUCUUCUGCCACCUAAAUCGACUGGCAUCAUUCCUACCCUGCCAGGUACCAAUACCGGUGUCAUUCCCACCCCGACGAACCCACUUGGGUCAGUUCCUGUCCCACACUCGACCAGCUCUGGAUCUUCCUCUACUUCUGGAUCUGAAACUGUCUCUGGUUCUACCACGGCCUCGGCUCCUCUGUUCGGCACUACCACUACCGCCUCUCUUCCUGGUUAUCACGAGAGCUCCAAGGUUCCCAUAUCCAACUCUCGCCCAGCCUCCACACCCCUUCCCUUGUCGACUUCCACAACUUCGACGAGCGAAGAAGUGAGCACGACCAAGACCACUAUGGAGCCUCAGACAACUGCGGAGACGGUUACACCCCCCACCUCCAAUGACAACGACUGGAUGCCAUCUACAAUCCUUAUCGUGCCUACCGUCAGUACCACCCAGAGCUCUGCCUCCGGUGAGACCGCGAAGCCCACGGCACCGCCAUCGCUUCCCGGCUCUAUUACUCCAUCGCACCAGGUGAAUGAGCCUCCUUCUGACUCUAUGUUGCUCCAACUCGGUUUCAACAGCUUGCUGCCCUGGUCGUUUGUUGCAACCACUCCCUUGUCGUCGUCGCAGAUCUUCAACUAUACCCCUCAGGCUAUUGAAUACGCUUUGCCAGGCCUCUCUGCUAAGGAUAGCCCAGUCAUGUUUGCCAUUGAGCCUUACUAUAACUGGAAGUCCACUGGCUAUAAUGCUACCAUUGCUAUCUUCUAUUUCCCUCGUGACAAGGUCGACGCCCUGCAAGCACUCAAGGUUAACCCCAAUUCCGCUCUCUACAACCAGGCCAGCAACUCCACCCGCUCAUUAAUGGCAAUGGUUGACCCCACAAUUCCCCUCGAGUUCUCUGGAAACUACCCUAGUGGUAACAGCGACUCGACAGGUGGCAACAACAACAGCGGCAGUGACGAUGGCCCGGAUAAUGGCAACAACGACAACACCGAUGGCUCUGGCGGUAGCUCCAAGGCUAAAGCUAGCUCUGUUGGAAUUGGAGUAGGUGUUGUGGCCGGUGCUGCCGCGUACGGUGCUGGUAUGUUCUGGGUUGCGCGCCGCUACCGCAAGAGAAAGCAGCUGCACCAGCGCUCAAGCUCGACCGUUGAGCAGAUGAGCCAGGGAGGUUCCGCCGCUGGCUCCAUGUUCGCUGCCGGUGGCCGUGUCCCUAGCCAUGGUAGCCGUGGGACUGCUCGCUCUCAGAUGAUCAGCGCCCCCGUUAUGGCGGAGAACUCAUUGGGAUGGAACUAG